AUGAGUCGAGACGUCCUCUCAUCAUUGCUCUUGACAACAAGCACACCCAGUAAAUUGGCCGUCAUAGACGUGCGAGACUCAGGUCUGGCUACCACAAACCACUUAACAGUUUCAGAGGACCAUAUCGGCGGCCACAUCCACACCUCAACCUGGGUCCCCAGUUCAACGCUGGACUACCGCAUGCCAGAGCUCGUGCGCACACUCAAGGACAAAGAGAAAGUCGUAUUCCACUGCGCAUUGAGCCAGCAACGUGGGCCAUCGGCAGCGCUACGCUAUGCCCGCGAGCGCGAACAGACUUUGGGUGUGGAAGAAAGCAAGAAACAGGAAGUAUACGUGCUUGAAGGAGGGUUUGUGAGAUGGCAGGAGAAAUUCGGGAACGAUAUCAGAUUGACGGAGGAGUAUGUUGAGGAUAUUUGGAGGGAGUAUUGA